UAGCAGCGACAGCCUUGCUAUCUCGGUCACUGCUAGCCGCCCGCGAGCCGGAGCCGGAGCCCUAGCGGCGCUGGGCCGACGUGGGGCUCCUGGGCGGCGGCGGCGGCGGGCGAUGCUCCAGUGGUCUAAGCAGCAAUGGAGGCCGAGGCAGGCGGCCUGGAGGAGCUGACGGACGAGGAGAUGGCGGCGCUGGGCAAGGAGGAGCUGGUGCGGCGCCUGCGGCGGGAGGAGGCGGCGCGCCUGGCGGCGCUGGUGCAGCGCGGCCGCCUCAUGCAGGAGGUGAAUCGGCAGCUGCAGGGCCACCUGGGCGAGAUCCGCGAGCUCAAGCAGCUCAACCGGCGCCUGCAGGCUGAGAACCGCGAGCUGCGAGACCUCUGCUGCUUUCUGGACUCGGAGCGCCAGCGCGGAAGGCGCGCCGCGCGCCAGUGGCAGCUCUUCGGGACCCAGGCGUCCCGGGCGGUGCGCGAGGACCUGGGCGGCUGCUGGCAGAAGCUGGCCGAGCUGGAGGGCCGCCAGGAGGAGCUGCUGCGGGAGAACCUGGCACUUAAGGAGCUCUGCCUCGCGCUGGGCGAGGAGUGGGGCCCCCGCGGCGGCACCGGCGGCGCGGGGGGCUCUGGCCCCGGGCCGACCCCGGAGCUCACCCUGCCCCCCUGCGGGCCCCGCGACCUGGGCGAUGGAAGCUCCAGCACAGGCAGCGUGGGCAGCCCCGAUCAGUUGCCCCUGGCCUGCUCCCCUGAUGACUGAGGGCGCUGCUUCCUAGGCACCGGCGCCCUCCCGGAUUGCGCCCCGAGCGCCACGAUUGCGGUGGACCUCGGGACCGGAGCGCCGCCCCGGCUUCGCCCGAGGGGCGGCCUGCAUGGACUGAGAAACCCUGACACUGAAGAGAACCGCUCGCUUUCGCUGGUGGAGCGCAGGGAGGCUGAAACGGAGGGACUUGCUGGGGGCUGGGUGGGGGCUAAUAAACUGGGAUGGAAGCGGA